AUGGCAAACGUGGCCUUCAUGCAGGGACAGCUGGACAAUGCAGAAAAGCUCUACAAAGCAACUAUGAGCUAUUUGCUUGCAGGGGACAUGAAGGAGGAUGACAAUGCAAUCCUCGAGAUGUCCCUCAAGCUGGCCAGUAUCUAUGCUGCUCAGAAACAGCACAAAUUAGCCCUGGCUGGCUACCAGUUCUGCAUCCUGACCUUAGAGGAGAAGAUUGCCAAGCAAAAGGACUUGCCCGAGGAUGUUUUACCAGCUGAAGAAAAGGCAAACACCCGUCUCUUGCUUGGGAUGAGCCUAGACUCCUAUGCUCGCUAUCUCCUCAGCGUUAACCAGCUCCCAGUGGCCCAAAAAAUGUAUGAGAAGGCUCUGCAGAUAUCAAGCGAUGUUCAGGGAGAGAACCAUCCGCAGACUGUUGUCCUGAUGAACGACUUGGCAACUGUCCUGGAUGCUCAGGGGCACUAUGACGAGGCAUACUCCUGUGUGAAAAGGGCAGCUGAGCUGGCAAAGGAGACUCAACACCCUGAGGAGCACAUGGUGCUGAAUAACCUGGCAGCAAUUCUGAUGCACAAAGAAGACUUUCUGCAAGCAAAACAGGUGUACAAAGAAGCUCUCAAGCAGGCACAGCAGAAAGGAGAUGUUGCUUCUGUCCAGCAUAUCCAGGAAGAACUAGCUGAGCUGGCCAAGAGGAGAAAGGGCUCCAAGUAAGUUUGGUCCUGGAGUCCCAACGUCGAGCUGACUGACAGUAGCGAGGUUGGUCAGUACAAGCAGCCGGGACCUAUCUGGUGCAACUCUCAGGAGGAACAGCAAUGAGGAGUUUGAGGGCAGCAUAGCAAGAAGGGCUGCUAUUGACUAACGUAGCCCAAAAUAAAGUUGUGAAACCUUAA